AUGGCUCUAUUUUAGAAAACUAAUAUCAUUCAUGAUUCUCUAGAGGACCAAUAAGAAGGGAGAUUUGGGCCUCAAGAGAUUUGAAGCAGAUACAUUAAGAAGUUGCAUUUUGCUAAGCCAGAGAAUAUCGACUUUUGCCUGAAUGAAUUUAUAAUCAAUGCCGUGCACCACGUUCCAGAUGUUGUUGUUUACCUUUCCAGACUCAGAAACCAGAGGGUGCUUAACUUCUGUUACUGUACUCAUGGCAUUGCUGCUUUGGCUGCCAGUAAUCAGCAGGUGUUCAACCAGGCAGUGAAGAUUGGGAAAGGGCAAGCAGUAACCCUAAAAAUGAAUGCCACCUUGUGCCAGUUGUCAAAGUUAUAAGCUGUCAAUGCUAUUAAAAGAUCAGCCUAGGAAGAGAUUUAUCAUAGAAUCUUCAACUCAGGCCCAUUUUCCACUCAAACAAGUGAAUCCUCUCCCACAUGUCAUCUGAUCUCCCAAAGCCAGGACUCCCCCAUUUAUCUGUCAUUUCUCAUGCUCUUGGUUGCCCUGAACUGGCACUAUCUGGGCAGUCUUUCUUCUAAAACAGAAGACUAUGUUCAACCAGAGAAUAUCGAUCUGACUUUUUCUGGAAUCUGA